UAUGGAAGAAUGCGAGGCAUUAUGUACCAGACUAGCUAUAAUGGUGAACGGUACGUUCCGCUGCCUCGGGAGUCCUCAGCAUCUCAAGAACAGAUUCGGUGAAGGCUACACAAUUCACGCAAAGAUUAACAGUAGUCAAGAAAUACAACCAGUCAAAGAUUUUAUUGAGAAAACCUUUCCAGAAUGUGAGUUGAAAGAUGAGCAUCAAGGUAUAAUCCAUUACCACAUCAAACGUUCUGAUAAAACCUGGGCCAAGAUUUUUGGAAUAAUGGAGCGUGCUAAGACUACAUAUAGUAUUGAAGAUUACUCAGUUAGUCAAACGACACUGGA